CACGGCGGCAUAGGUAUAUAUUUUGUGCUCUAUGCUCAUUAGAUUGUUCCUCUCUAGUCUACUCCAUUCAUGUUUCUCCCAUGUUGUGUUGCGUUUCGAGUGUAAAGAGAUAACGAAGAAUGUUGGGGUGUUUCGGGUGUAAAGAGAUGACGAAGAAUAUUAGGGUGUUGAUGAAGAAAAGUGCGAGUUCAGGGUUUGCUACUCGAUUGCUAUGCUUUUCUUUGUUGUUGGCUUUCUUCAUUGUGUUCCACAUGGCUCGUCCGUCUUCCACCUCUACACUCCAUGCUCUCAUAGUUUCACCCAUGCGGCAUAGUACUCAAGUGAAUGUGGAAAAUACACCAAUGAAUGGACCGACGACAAGGGACAUAAUUAUAUGUGACAGAUCACAAUAUUACUACGACAUUUGCUCCAUUAAUGGGCCGGCAGUGUUCGACCCAGCCCAGUCAACAUUCUUCGUCAACAGCCCAAAAUGCAACAAUGGGCCCAAUUUGACAGUUGAGAAGGUCCGGCCCAAUAUCAAAGAAGUCACUCUCACGGAAGGCCCAUUAGGCCCAAACUGCGACGUUCACCACGCUGUUCCCGCGCUUGUAUUCAGUGCGGGGGGGUACACCGGAAACUUCUUCCAUGAUUUCAACGAUGGGUUCAUUCCCCUCUUCAUCACCGUUAAUUCCGUCUUCCCAAAUCGAGAUUUUGUGUUGGUGAUUUCCCAAUUGGAGGAUUGGUGGGUGGCCAAGUACAAAGGGUUAUUGCGUAAUUUCAGUAAAUACGCGAUCGUAGAUUUUGACAGAGAAAACGUCACACAUUGUUUUCCUAGGGUUUCGGUUGGUCUUAUGUCGCACGGUUUCAUGACCAUAGAUCCAAAGCAAAUUCCCACUUCUAAAACCAUUCUCGAUUUCCGAACAUUCUUAGCUACCACAUAUGGGAACAUCGGCAUGCCACCCGACGACACGGUCGCCAAGCCGCGUCUCGUGUUAACUAGUCGUAACGGCAGUUUAGGGCGUGUUAUUCUGAAUCAGUACGAAGUGAAAAUGUUGGCUGAAAAGAUAGGGUUUGAAGUAAUUAUGUUCGAACCGCAUACAAAUACAUCCUUGGAAAAAUCGUUUGGUCUGAUAAACUCAAGUCACGCGAUGCUAGGGGUGCACGGGGCUGCCCUAACGCACGCGAUGUUUUUGCGUCCGGGCUCGGUGUUCAUUCAAAUUGUCCCGAUAGGAGCGGACGGAGUAUCGGAGCUUUGUUUUGGAAAGUUGGCCAAGAACUUGGAGCUAGAGUAUGAGGAAUACAAGAUUGAAAUGCAUGAAAGCAACUUAGUAGACAAGUAUGGGAAAGAAGAUAGUGAAGUGUUGAAUGAUCCUUUGGCUCUUCAAGCAAGAGGUUGGUCCAAGGAGAUUAUGGAUAUCUAUUUGAGAGAACAAAAUGUAAGAUUAGAUCUAAAGAGGCUAAGAACAUAUCUGCAGAGAGCAUAUCACAAGGCAAAGGUUUUCAUGGACAAAAAUGGUUAAUUUGUUUUACUUUCGAUAGCAUGUAAUGCUCAAUUAUAUAGAAAAA